GUGGCACGAGGCCAAGCCUUUACCAGGGGCCCAUCGGCUGCUCUCGCACCUGACAGCAGCGCACGUGCCUGUUGCCCUCGCCUCCAGCUCCCCGCGGGGCAUCAUUGCCACCAAGCUCGCCCUGCAGCCAGGAUGGCAGGACAUGUUUGCGGUGACAGUAGCGGGGGAGGAGGUGGCACAGGGCAAGCCAGCUCCUGACAUAUUCCUGAGAGCUGCAGAGCUGAUGGGGGCUAAGCCAUCGGAAUGCCUUGUCUUUGAGGAUGCCCCUGCAGGUGUGGAAGCAGCCAGGGCAGCAGGCAUGUACGUUGUAGCAGUGCCCUCUCUUCCCCAGAAGGCUGCACGAGCACUCUACUCCUCCGCACACCAGAUUCUUGCUUCGCUAUUAGACUUUCAACCAGCUGAGUGGGGCCUGCCGCCUUUCACUGACUGGGUGCACGAGUCACUGCCCAUCGACCCCUGGUACAUGAAAGGGCCUGUUAUCAAGGGCUAUGGGAGAGGAUCCAAGAUUCUAGGCAUUCCCACAGAGGACUUUUACGGGGACGAGCUAAGACUGCUGGUUGUUGGGUACAUUCGUGCAGAGGCUGACUUCCCUGACCUGCCGUCAUUAAUUGCACGCAUUCACCAAGAUGGGGAGAUUGCACGCAAAGCGCUAGACAACCUGCCAUUCACUGCAUACAGAAAUGACCCCUUCCUCAAUAUCCCUUAA